ACGUAGCUGCUGCGGCCGCUUGCAUUCUGUCAAAUACGAAUUAUCCUGCUGGAGACUUCGCGAUGCGAAGUGAAAAUCGCGAUAGCCGAAGAUGGGUUUCUUGGAGGAUACUUUUGUGAUUCUCGUAACACAGGUGGAAGUUCGUUUCCACUACAAAAAUCAGUUUUAUUUCUGAGACCGGUUUAGGUUAUGAAGAGAAUAUAUGAUGCUGUUAUUACACAAUGUAUUACGAAAAAGAAGAAAUAGUUUAUUUUAUUACUGACAAUAUUUGGUGGCUCAAUAUAAAACUUGGCAUUAACAAAUUUCUCGUUUAUAUAUUCUAGAAGGUUUAUAUAUUCUAAAAGGUUGAUUGUUGAAUCCUUGUAACAAUGACUUCUUGUAAAUUUUUAAUGUGUAUGAAUAUCUCUCUCUGACAUGUGAUAUGUCAUUGUCAAAGAAACUGAUGAUGAUUUAUGAAGUGUAAUUUUCUUCUUAGGAGGAUGGGUGUUCUUUGUAAAGAAACUAUUCAGAGAUUAUGAAGUUCAUCAUAGGCUAGUGCAAUUAAUUUUCUCAACAACCUUUUCAUUGUCGUGUACCAUGUUUGAAUUAAUUAUUUUUGAGAUAGCAGGUGUACUCGACUCAAGUUCUAGAUAUUUCCAUUGGAAUGCUGGCCUUUAUAUGCUUCUGUUUAUGGUGAUAGUACUGAUCCCAUUUUACAUAGCAUAUUUUAUUAUCAGCAAUAUCAGAUUUGUAAGACUGAAUCUAAUACGGCCACUGACAGUUGUCAUAUACCUUUUCUAUCUUUAUCUGUUCUGGAAAGUGGGCGAUCCUUUCCCUAUAUUAAGCCCCAAGAAAGGAUUACUGUCCAUAGAACAAGGUGUUAGUCGAAUAGGAGUUAUUGGUGUAACAGUGAUGGCUCUUCUCUCGGGUUUUGGUGCUGUAAAUUAUCCGUACACUUCUAUGGCUUAUUUCAUGCGUCCAGUUUCCUAUGCGGAUGUACAAUCGAUAGAGAGACGACUGCUGCAGACCAUGGACAUGAUCAUCGCGAAAAAGAAAAGAAUUGCUUUAGCCAAGAAAGGUGAAGCCGAUGGACAAACUGAAGCUCGAUCUCGACUUUGGGGAAUGUUGAAUCCACUGAGUGGUACAAAGGGAAAUCAAGAAACUAUCAGACAGUUGCAAAUCGAAGUUGCCGCUUUGGAAGAAUUGUCCCGACAAUUGUUUUUGGAAGCGCACGAUAUACAAAAUGCGAGAGAACGCCUGGAGUGGGCUGCCACGUGGCAAGGAAAAUACUUCAAUUUUUUGGGGUACUUUUUCUCUCUAUACUGCACUUGGAAAAUAUUUAUUUCCACAAUCAACAUAGUAUUUGAUCGAGUUGGUAAAAAAGACCCUGUAACUAGAGGAAUUGAAAUUGCAGUACAUUGGAUCGGUUUUAAUAUUGACGUUACGUUCUGGUCACAGCACAUCUCUUUCUAUCUCGUCGGUUGUAUUGUCGUAACAUCUAUACGCGGAUUGUUGUUAACUUUAACAAAAUUUUUCUAUGCUAUAUCUAGCAGCAAAUCUUCAAAUAUUAUUGUACUUAUACUUGCUCAAAUAAUGGGAAUGUAUUUUGUGUCUUCUGUACUUCUGAUGCGCAUGAACAUGCCGGCGGAAUAUCGAAUCAUAAUAACGCAAGUCUUAGGAGAACUGCAGUUUAAUUUUUAUCAUAGAUGGUUUGAUGUUAUUUUUUUGGUAUCAGCGUUAUCGUCGAUAGUGUUUUUAUAUUUAGCUCAUAAGCAUGCCCCAACGGAACGCGUAUAAUGAAAUAAAGAUAUCUAUCGAAAACAA